AUGAAAUUAGAAUUAAGUUCUGCAAUCUUAAAGGCUACUAAUCCUACAUUAAGGACAGAUAACUGGCAAGCUAAUAUUGAAGUAUGCGAUAUUGUGAAGAGUGAUCCUGAAGAUAAUGGGAAAGAUGCUGUCCAGAUGCUUUGUAGGAGACUAGAACAAGAUGAUGCAAAUGUUAUCCUAAGAUCAUUGUCUUUAAUCGUGGCUCUUGCAGAAAAUUGUGGUUCAAGAUUACAACAAGAGAUUAGUUCCAAAGCAUUCACUUCCCUGUUGUAUUCACUGAUUGAAAAGAGGCAGAUUCAUUAUACUGUGAAGAUCGAGAUCGCUAAAGUGGUACGUCAAUUGGCAAAAAGUUUUAAAUAUGAUCCAUCAUUAAGAUCAAUGAAUGAUAUUUAUAAAAAAAUUAAAAAGAAUCAUUCUGAAUUAAUAAUAUCAUCAUCAUCAAAUCAUCCUGAUGAUUCUAAUUCAAAGAAAGAUAAUUUGUUUAAUAAUAGCAAGGAUGAUACACAAUCUAAAGAGCAAAAUGAAUUAGAAGAAGCUCUGAAAUUAUCUUUACAAGAAUUUGAAUCACAAACGAAACAAAAUAAAAAUGUUGAGUCAAAUGCACCAUUACAGAAGAUGAAUGAUGAAGUUCAAGCUCCAAAAGUUGUAAAGAAAGUUCGAGCAAUGUAUGAUUUGAAUUCAUCUGAAAAGGAUGAAUUAUCAUUCAAAAAAGGCGAUAUUAUAAUUGUUUUGGAACAAGUAUAUAGAGAUUGGUGGAGAGGUACUUUACAUGGAAAAAUUGGAAUAUUCCCAUUAAAUUAUGUGACUCCAAUAGUAGAAUCUACUAUUCAAGAAUUACAAAUAGAAAAGUCAAAGGAAAAUAUAGUAUUUCAACAAUAUGAUAAUGUUAAUCACUUACAUCAAACUUUGAAAAAUUCAUCACAAACAAUAAAUGGUAAUAAAGAUAUCACACAGGAUGAACAGAUCAAUAAUCUUUAUGGUACUGUAACUCCCUUAAGACCACAAAUUACAAAGAUGAUUGGUAAAUAUUCAAGAGAAAAAGAUGAUGUUACAUCAUUACAUCAAGUGUUAGCUCAAGCAGAAAAAACUUAUAACCAAUUAUUAGAUCAGGCAGCAAAUGCUUAUAAGCCUGCACCAACAAUGACAUAUCAACAACAAUUACAAUCACAGCUGCAACCUGUUGGUUAUCCGCAGAAUUACGGUGCACAGAUGGCAAAUGCAUACCCUGGUUAUCAACAACCACAUCAACAAAAUAAUGAACAAUUUUAUUCACCGGCUCAAACCCAGUUCCAACAUCCAUCUCAACCUGUAGGUUUAGCUAAUGCUCAAACGCAACGAUAUCAAAAUCCGCAACUACAGCCACCACAACAAGGCUAUCAACAGAAUAACGUACCCACUGGACAAUAUAACCAAAUGAAUAGGUGA